AUGAAGGACUGUGGUAAAAGUGAUCACGAUGUGUGUAUUGCGAUUGGUGGCUUUAUGAGCGAGUUAACUCAAAUUAGGACACAUAUAGGUGAUAAAAUUUCAGAACCAGAGAUGACCAAGCUAUUCAAAAUGAGUGAAUUCUCCAAGUGGCCAACGCACAAGUAUGAUAGCAUGGCUGACUGUCGUUAUGCAAUUGAGUUUGUAUAUGUAGCAAAAGACUUGUUUGCGAGAACAAACAUGCCAUUAGUACAGUAUCUAUCACUCGUACAAGAAUUGCUCAGACAAACAGAUGCAACGGAGGUAUCGCGCACUGCACUCAACAACAUACGUAGUUCCAGACAGCUUUGGAAAGACUUCACUGAUGUAGAAGACUACAAUAUAUCAAUCAUUGACAACUUGCGUCGUACUCCAGUAGACUGUCUACUAGAGAGGUGGCUCAACGACUUCUAUGACACUCGCAUGAAUGUUGAAGUACGAGCAGCACGAUUGCGUCGCACAAUGUUUGAGCUAGAGAAAGGAUACAAAAACAAUGUGAGAGAGUCCAUUAAUCGGCAAUUCAGUUCCUCUCAAAAUCUACACAUCUUCUGGCUCUCCCCCUGGCUCGAUACUUUCACGUAG